UUGGACUUGGUUGAAACGAAUUAUUAAAACUGUCUUAGGCGCCUACACAAAUGUAACAUAGAAAAGAAGAGUUAAAUAGGCCGCUGCAACCCCGUCCCAGGUCCUCGCCUUAAUCCAGCUCUUCAACCCAAACCGACCCCUCUAGCUAUCCGCCACCAUGCUUUUCCUCAGCCUUCUUGUCGUGCCGGCCCUCUUGCACCUUUCCGCAGCCCAGGAUCGCCUCGCGUGCCCGCGCGAAGACUUCGUCAGCGGCAAAUGCAAAGUACAGAACGCCUGCACGUACCCAGAUCCUGAUAACUGUGGCGCGUACUUCCAUUGCGAUUGGAGCGCCGACGGGCAGUCGACUACACGAACUUACAUGACAUGUCCUAAAUCUACCACUGGCUAUCUCGAGUGGAACAACAAUGACAAGAAAUGCGACGUCCCAGAGAAAUCGACGUGCUCAGCAACAGCUGGCGUGGACAAGGCGGUUAAUGGCGUUCUUCACGGGGCCAGCAAAAUUUUACCUCAACGUGAUGGUGUUGUCAAGAAUAAGAUCCGCGAUGAACCAUUCGUGUGCCCCAGCGCAGACUUUACCAGCGGCAAAUGCAAAGGUCAGAACGGCUGCAUGUACCCAGAACCUAAGAACUGCAGGAAUUACAUCCAAUGCGAUUGGAGAGCUGAUGGGAAGACGGUCGUUGUGACGCAAAAGGGAUGUCCUAAUUCUGCUGAUGGUUAUCUCGAGUGGAACGACAAGGAAAAGAAAUGCGACUCCCAGGAGAACUCGACGUGCCCGAAGAAAAGUGCCGUGAACCCAAUGGCUGGUGGCUUUCUUAAGGAGGUCGGCGGCAUUUUACCUCGAGGCGAUGGUGCCCGCACUUAUACCCGCGACCCCGCUCCCUUCCAAUGCCCAAUGAAGGACAUCAUGUUGACCCAGUGUCGCGGCGCAAAGGACUGCGUGUACCCGAACCCCGGAAGUUGCACCACCUUCAUCCAGUGCAGCGCGGGCUCGAACCUUAUGUCAGGCACUCCGGUCAUCAAGGACUGCCUUCCUGGCCAUGAGUGGAACAAUAAAGAGAAGAAGUGCGAUGUCCCAGAGAAAUCGACGUGCCCUGUGAAUGCGACCACGGAGAAGAAUACUCUUGAAGCCAAAUCGAAGGAUAAGCUCACAUGCACAGGAGCAGGGUGCCCAGGAACUGUCAUCGGUGAAGUUACAAACGGCCUCGAAGAUGUCCUCAGGAACGGCGGUGCACCAAACCGCCGUGCUGCCAAGGAAGAACCCCUCGUCUUCAAGUGCCCAGCCGCAGAUAUCAUCCGCACUAAAUGUGCCGCCCACACGGACUGCGUCUACGCCAGACCCGGCUAUUGCAAUGAGUACAUCCAGUGCAACGUCGACGCCGGGGGCAAGACAGGCACGCCGGUUGUGGUGCACUGCCCGAGGGACUUUGAGUGGAACGAGGGUAUUAAGGAGUGUGAUGAUAGGUCGAGGUCGACGUGUAUGCAGAAGACGCUUGGGGAUGUUGGGAAGGGGAUUGAAGAGGCUAUGGCACAGAUUUGGCCGGGGUCGCAGACGAAGCAAGAAGAGUCCAACGACGUCCACACCGGCGCCGCUUUCACCUGUCCCACCCAAGACAUCACCAAGACCAAAUGCAAGGGCCCGAAAGACUGCAGAUACCCAGAUCCUGAGAGCUGCAGUCAUUUCUAUCUAUGCUUUGUGAACGGCGACGGGAAGACUGGCACGCCGUAUAAAUACGCGUGCGGACAGGGACUGUCGUGGAAUGAUAACCUCAAGACAUGUGAUUGGGCGCGUUCUUCGACUUAUUAA